AUGUCCCCUGUCACUACUAUACACACCGAACAACCCAAAGAUGAUGCGGCCAUAAUCCGUCUGUUCAACUUAAUCGACUCUAGCAUCACCGACCAUGUUCUCAAUUACUAUAUAACCAACACCCUAGGGGUGUCCAACUGCGAAAGAUUCGCUCAAUUUGGGAGAAACAAGAGAGAGUUCGUAUGGGUUCAGAAUGUCACCUUGAAUGAGCCAAGAAUGCAAGUGGUCGUGAUUAGAUCAGUCAUUAGCGCGGAGAUCUUCAAAGCAGUUCGUGAUGGCAUGUUUGUUCCCCCAAUGCCAGGUAUGAGCCAGAACCCAAGGAGAGCCGAGUCGAGGAGCAGACAAACCCCAAGAAACCCUCCCGCGUCAAGCAUAGACCAGAAAGCCCGCAUCGACUUCUUUCACAACCUCCCGCGAAACCCUCACUACGCUGCGCACCGCAAGAAUGCUAUUACCUCUCUCACCGACGAAAUUAUGCGCCUCACAUUCCCCCUCAUCGCGGAUAGAAACAGGGAAGAAGCCCGCCAGCGUAGCCUUGAAUUAAUCAUCAACAGCGCCGCGGACUUUGCAGUGACCACUGGCAAGCAGACACCAUACUUCCGGGUCUCUUUCCCACAGCUGAGAGGUGGAAGCACCAACGGAUCGAGGAGGGGAAGGACAGAGAACACGGAUGCCCCGGUAAUGGUGCCCGAGCUGAGAAAGUACGGGGACGAGAAGGGACUCGGAUAUGACCGGUAUAUCCCACUGGUUCCCGUUCAGAAGUUACCAGAUAAUCUAUAA